AUGUUUCUGAGGGGAAAGGUGUGGGGGAUCCCUGGGAACAUCUGGAUAAAGGUGUUUUUGAGGGGCGAGGGGAAAGGCGUGGGGGAUCCCCAGGAACAUCUGGACAAAGAUGUUUUUGAGGGGAAAGGUGUGGGGGAUCCCUGGGAACAUCUGGACAAAGAUGUUUUUGAGGGGAAAGGUGUGGGGGAUCCCCAGGAACAUCUGGACAAAGAUGUUUUUGAGGGGACAGAUGUGGGGGAUCCCCAGGAACAUCUGGACAAAGACGUUUUUGAGGGGAAAGCUGAAGCUGCAAACCUCCCUCCCUUGACAGAGGCUCAGAAGAACAAACUGAGGCACCUGUCAGUUGUUACGCUGGCGGCCAAGAUCAAGUGCAUCCCCUACUCUGUGCUGCUGGAGCAGCUGCAGCUGAAGAACGUCCGGCAGCUGGAGGACCUGGUGAUCGAGGCCGUGUACGCAGACGUGCUGCGAGGGAGCUUGGAUCAGCGGAACCAGCGCCUGGAGGUGGAUUACAGCAUCGGGAGGGACAUCCGGAGGGAGGAGCUGAGCACCAUCACCCGAACACUGCAGGAGUGGUGCCAGGGCUGCGAGGUGGUCUUGUCGGGCAUCGAGGAGCAGGUCAGCCGUGCCAACCAGCACAAAGAGCAGCAGCUGGCGCUCAAGCAGCAGAUAGAGAGCGAGGUGGCAAACCUGAAGAAGACCAUUAAAGUGACAACAGCAGCCGCUGCAGCAGCCACAUCCCAAGACCCGGAGCAGCACCUAACAGAGCUCAGGGAGCCGGCCCCGGGCACCAACCAGCGCCAGGCGAGCAAGAAAACUUCCAAAGCCAAAGGGCUCCGGGGCAGUGCAAAGAUUUGGUCUAAAUCAAACUAAUUGGAUCUCCCUUCACAACUGGGAGGGUGAGAGGAAGAGGUUUGGGGGAUGGAGGGGUAGCAAGGGUCCCAAGUGUGAUGCUUCUGAGCUCUUCUCUGAGAUCCAUCUUGCCAGCUAGUUCUCCUGCAUGUCUGUCCUCUUUCCUGUCUUCUUCACCGACGCUUCCCAGGCGGUGCCUCCCUCCUCUUCAUCACAGCAUUUCACACUAAGCUCCCAGUUGCUUGCCUUGCUGUU